UACAACAUGUCGUGAAAUUCAUUAUUGUCAUAUAUUUUUUUGCCAUUUGUUUGGAUUUUAAUUUUUCACUUUGAAGAAGCCUGGGGAUUUCGAGAGGUGAAAAUUAUAGUGAGUUUAUGUUACCAAGGGUGUACUUGAAAAUGCCGAGUAUGACGCACGGUACAUGCCGCUGGGGGAGGUUGUCCGAGUGCGAGUUAGAGUUAGAGGGAUAGAUUUUCGUUUAGAGAUUGAGAUCUUUCUUUUUUUUUCGGCGAGGUCUUCAGGGUCUUCAGGUGUUCUGGUCUUCUGAUGGAGACUCGGAUGGAGUGCAAAUUAGUUCCAUCCUACUCUUCAAUUUCUUCAUUUAAAAUUGAAUUUUUUAUGAGUAAUGAAUGAGGAAUGAGUUAUAAUAACCAGUGAGAAGAGGAUAAAAUAGAACAUUAAUAGCGGAUGAAAAAAUUUAGGUGCCUAAUAAUAUUUCAAUAAACUAGUGCCUAAUACUGUAAGUGCAAUAAUAAGAAAAUCCAAAAAAUUCAACGAGUUUUGUGUUUAUUGGUUGAAAGAAUGAAUAGUAGAAUAAGUGAUGAGUUUGACAGUCGGAAAAUAGUAUAAUUUGGUUUGUUCGUGUUAAAGUGGAGGUAUAAAUAUAAAUAAAGUGGUGGAUUUAAUAAAAUCUAGCGGGGGAUAUGAGGUGAGGGUGAGCUAACACCGAAUGUACGUACCACCAGGACGUGGUAACGCGCUGCCCUACCUCUGCAAGCGCAUAUAUUCUAUUUGUCAUGUCACAAUUAAUGCUAUGCAAUUUAGCAAAUACCUCGAAUGCGGGAAAUGAUACGAACAAUAACGCUAACACUAACAGCAGUAUGGAGGACGACGACUCUUACCCACUGCCCACUAUUUAUCGGUGUCGUGCUCCAAUAGCGAGUCUGGAUUGUAUGGAAGAGUUCAACGGUGGUAGUGGUCCAGACUCAAUUGGUCACAUUCACUGCAGCACAACGCAACAAGGAACCAAGGAACAGCUACUCACUGGAUGUAUAUCGGUACAGGGACAUCGUACUCCGCAUCCCUCGCCAGGUAUUCGAUACCGCAACUUGGGCAAAAGCGGUCUACGUGUUUCCAAUGUUGGAUUAGGUACAUGGACAACAUUCGGUGGAUGUAGCAAUGAGGAGAGUGCUGAGGCGGUGGUGGCCUUGGCCUACGACAGCGGUAUCAACGUGUUUGACCUGAGCGAGGCGCACAGCGGCCACCGGGCUGAGUCUCAACUUGGUCGCAUUCUACUGCGCCGAUCCUGGAAUCGUUCCAGCUAUGUUGUCACCACCAAGAUCUAUUGGAACACUAAAACUGAGGGGCGUGGGUUGUCCAGAAAACACAUUAUCGAAUCUGUACAGGCAUCCCUGGCAAGGCUGCAGCUUUCGUACAUUGACAUUGUGAUGAUUCAUAAAGUCGAUCCAAUGUGCCCGAUGGAAGAGAUCGUACGAGCGAUGAAUUAUGUAAUCAGCAAAGGGUGGGUGAUGUACUGGGGUACAUCGAGGUGGACUCCCGUGGAGAUAAUGGAGGCUUACACAAAUUGCCGACAAUUCAAUUGUGUAACACCUAUUGUAGAACAGGCGGAGUAUCAUCUUUUCUACAGGGACAAACCGGAACUCUAUAUGCCAGAGCUGUACAAUAAAAUAGGGGUGGGACUGAUGGCCUGGUCGACCGUCACCAUCGGCAUGGUCUCAUCGAAGCCGGACGACAGUGGUGUUUCCUUUCUCUCACGAUCCUCAUAUAAGAAUAAAUACUCGUCGUUCAGUUGGACCGAGGACGAGACGCAAUCUUUGUACAAGGAGCAUCGGAGGGAUAUGACUCCGGAGUUCGGAUGUAAGGAUAAGCCCGUUGAGGAGGAGGCGCGCAAGUAUUCGGAUAAGCUGAGGGACGUAUGCUCACUGGCAGAGAGACUUGGAUGCACAUUUGGGCAGUUGGCAAUAGCGUGGUCCCUGAAGAAUGAAAGUGUCCAGUGCCUUCUUAUCGGAGCGUCUAAUAUUGAUCAGCUCUAUGAGAGUCUGCAGAGUCUACAGCUGAUACCGAAGCUCAAUACAAACAUGAUGAACGAGAUGGAGCGAAUACUGGAUAAUAAACCGUGCCGUCCACCGAUGGUGUCGACUCUGGCGCUUAGAUGACAAUCGAUCUGCCCCCAUGGCAGCGCUGGGGGCAGUCUUGAGGAUGGGGCGGGUAGUCCCAAGAGCGAAGCUGGCCACAGUCAUGAUCAGGAGCAGACCAAAGAAGUGACCAAUAAACUACCAUUCUGUGAGAUACAGUGAGCCAACUCUAACAGACAUACCAUCCAAAACAAAUACGUUGUUUAUCUCAGGGUCCUCUCAAUGGUACGCCCCUUCGUCAUAUUAUCAACUAUGAUUCAUACGAAAAUCCUCGACGACAAUACUCCCAAGUCACUCGAGACACUCUAUUCACCAUUCUAUUCGCUAUUUUAACGGGUAUCGGGGAUGAGUAAUUUUCGACAAAGGGAUCCACCCUAUUUCCUUUAUAUUUCAUCCUCGCCACGAAUAAUUCAUUAAUUAGUCGACUAAUUAAGUAAAUUUUCUCUCAUAAAAAAUAAAAUACAAUUUAGAUUCUGAGAGGUAGAAUUUUUGAAAAUGAAAAAUGCCCGGUGUUAUUUGGGUUUUGUCAUAGGACUUAUCAAUUUCCAUUCCAAUUUGCUGGAUAUAAAUAAAAUUUAGUGGAUGAUGUAGAAAAUGAGGAAAUUAAAAAAUGAGGGAGAUGGCGACAAAUGGCCAAUGAUUCGUGCAUGUUAGGGCAUUUUUUAAUGACAAAUAACGAGUAAUCGAACGGUGGCAAUCGAGAGCGCACUAAUCCGCUCAAUAUUCCGGUGAUUUUCUUUUUUUUCUCCCACUAAAAAAUAUGACAAAAAUUUUGGCAAUUGUUGCAUCAAUUUCAAUAAAAUUUGGUGAUUAAUGAGUAAGAGAAAAUUAUUAGAAGAUGAUGAUAUUCAAGUCUAGAUAAAACUUGAUUUUUAUAGUGCUUUAUUGUCUGAUGAACGAGCACGUUAUCCCUCCAACGUAUCUUUAAUCAUUCAUUGCUCACAUAUAGAUUUCGCAAUAGACUAAAUAAUUAUGCGGAGAUAAAGAAAAAAAUUAAUAAUAAUUCGAAACAAUUAAUUAAUUCUAUUCACGAUUAUAGUAACGGACAACAAAAUGAUGAAGAUUUGGGGGAAAAAUUGAGAUGAAUUUCUAGUCGAUAAUAGGGUAAACGUUGAAAAAUCUAUUCUCCCGAUUAUUACUAAAUAUAAUAGGUGAAAUCACGCAAAGAUAAAGUGAAAAGAAUAAAAAAAACUCUAAAUUAAGUGAUUAACUAUGAAAUAAAUUGCGCAGUGGUGCCGGGCCGUAAAGUUUUUCAGCCAGACCGUUUUAUCCGCUUGCGAUAAUGAUCUUAAAACAAUUAAACGAACAAAAAAAUUAUAAAUAAUUACUCAAUGAGGAGAUAUUAAAAACAUAGGAAUAUCAAUAUUUUACACGUAAAGAACGUAAAGAAUAGAGCAUAGGAGGAUUUUCAAUUUAAUAUAAUAAUAUAAUAAUACGUUGAAUCGCAACUUAUAAUAUAUUUUUUAUCGCAAAACAAUCUAAUCUUACGAGAAUAGUGAAGAAAAUUGACAAACAAACGGUCAUACGAAAGCACCGAUGCAGAAAGUCGAGGAAUCGCUUUAGACUGCCUUAUGACCUCAAACGAGGGGCUGGGAGAAAUUAUACUAAAUAAAAAAUUGUAAUAUGUCAAGGAGAAAAAGAUUAUCUUUUAAAAAAUUCAGCUUUAGCCACGCAAACGAUGGUGGAAAGACAGAUAAGGCGAAAAGCAUAUUUCAUUAGCCAAUUUCUCAGAAUAUUAUUAUCUUUCGUCUUUCGCAAAGCUUUGCAGCCUUCCUUAGAUUUGCAUAAAGAGAUACAUAAUCUAUUCUCAUCAUUCGAUUAACUACCAGUCGUGAUAAAUUAUCUUCACAUACACCCAACCGAAUCGAAUUGAUACAGUUGCAAUAGCAAAUUAGAGAGAGUCGAGAGAGAACAACAUUCAUCCUCCAUCAUGGAUGAUUUCAUUUUUGUGCAAAAAAAAGGAAUAAAAAUUACUUUAAAAAAAUUAUCACUUUUUUUCAUAAAUAGGACUUUUCCCAUUUGAACUGAUAAGCGAGGAAGAGGAAAUACCGAUGUUUUAAACUAUCAUACUCAUCUAGAACAUAUCCAAGUUUAAUCAUUAGAGAAAAUUAAGAAAUUUUAAUCAAUCGUUAUUAAGGAAUCACAGCGUCGGUGUUUCAUUUUCCUUUAAUUCACGUUCGUUUUGGUAAUUGAACUUUGUUUUUCCAUUGGACACGGUAAAAAAUUCACUGUAACGAUAUUUCUAAUCAAAAUGCAUUACAAAAAGUCAUCACUUUUAUUCAUCGUAACGAAACGACUUUGUUAAUUGACAACAGAAAUUAGCAGUAUUGUACAUCGAAGCCCAUAUUUAGCCCUCCAUUUUUCAUCCCCCCUGAAGUACCAAUAAGAAUCAGAUCGCGGACUUGUAGAGAUUUAGAAUAAAUUGAUUGAAAAAAAUAACAAAUAAAAAUGUUUUAUGCCAUUGAAUACAUCAUGUCGCACUCGGGGAAUGACAAACUGGCGUUUCAUUCAAUUGCAUCAACCGGAAAUACGAAUCAAUGAAGCAUUGCUGCGAUAUUAAUGAAAAACAACUGUAUAAACUAAUUGUGUUUUCCAUGUAAAACGUUCAUUUUUUACAAACGUCGACACUUGUACAUUAUUGUAUGUGUUCAUCUAUAUGGUUUGACGACGACGACGGGAAACCAGAAUGAAAAUUAUCCUAUAAUCGGUGGAGCAUUGGUACCACAUUUGAUACUUUGAUGUCGAUCAUACAGUGAGACGAUGCGAUGAUGAAUAAUUUUUCAAAUCGAAAAAUAAAACAUAAUGAAAAAAAAAUAUUGUUUUUCAAGUUGUUACGUCAACAAUGCCAAUUGUUCAAUAAAGUUUCAAUCGCAAUGGAAUGAGAGUGCGAGCAAAUAUCCCUCAUUGUUUUUCAUUGCAAUUAACACCUUGUCUCAGAUUUCCUGUAAUUUUAUUAUCACAAAAAUAAUCAAAAAGGAUUUUUGAUUGAUUA